UUUAUUAACCUCUACACUUGAUAAUGAGAGAGGUUUCCACUGUUAAAGGAAAAUAAGUCUCUUGAUGCCAAAAUUACUAAGCCACUAGAAAAGUCAAGUUGGGAACUAUGUCAGGCAAACCUGCCUCCCAUUUUAUUUCUAAAUAAGAUAACUACAAAGAUAAAAAAGCUACAUACUUUACGAUUAGCCAACAAGGAAAUUCCUUGAGAAUAAAAGACAGAACUCAGAGUCAUUUCUCUGAGCCUCGCCUGAGACAAAUGCACAUCUGAUUGCUUCCUCUGCACUGCUGUUAAUUUAGAUAUGCAGAUUCACUGAGACAGACUAAAUUGUGUAUUCAGUUGAAUGCUUAUCAAGGACUCAAAAUAAUCCAGACUUUUAUCUCUUAUUUACUUAUGACCUGGAAGCCCUCACCUCAAGUUGUCCUGUGUUACUGGAUCAAACCAAGAAAGAAAGAGAGAGAGGGAGGGAGGAGGAGGAAGAGGAGGAAAAAGGGAGGGAAGGAAGAUCUUAUACAUAUUUAUUGAUGUCUCAUGCUUUCCUAAAAUGUUUAAAAGCUGCUGGGCACGGUGGCUCACGCCUGUAAUCCCAGCACUUUGGGAGGCCGAGUCGGGCAGUUCACCAGGUCAGGAGACAUCCUGGCUAACAGGGUGAAACCCUGUCUCUACUAAAAAUACAAAAAAUUAGCUGGUAUUCAUAGAAAAUAUAAUUCUUAAUUAUUGAGUAAUCUGAAUAAAUGGAUAUAUCAUAAAAAAAAUUAGCUGGGCGUGGGGGGCAUGUGCCUGUAGUCCCAGCUACUCGGUAGGCUGAGUCAGGAGAAUCGCUUGAACCCGGGAGGUGGAGGUUGCAGUGAGCCGAGAUCGUGCCACUGCACUCCAGCCUGGUAGACAGAGCAACACUCCGUCUCAAAAAAAAAUAUAUAUAUAUAUCUAUAUAUAAGUAAGUAGGCAAAUGUAGAUGCAAAUACACAUCUGUUUAGACAAAUUUCUACUUUCAAAAUCACAGAGAAUGGUCGCUUUUUAGCCUUUUUAUGAAUAAAAUCCUGGAUUCCAUUAUUAUUCUAUUAGAACUUCUGCACCUAUUUUGAAACUUGAGAUUAAAUUGUCUUUUGCUGAGUUUGCCCAGUUUAUAUUUCAGGUAACGCUAUAGCAUGGGAACAGGUUGGCGAUUUUCUAUAUUUUUAUGUUUUGCAUCAGUUUCUAAAACCUGGAAAUUAUCUUGUUUUGAAUUUCUUUUUUUUGUUUAAUACUGUCUACUAAGAAUAUUCCAUUACCAUACUGCAACAUAAAGUCAGGAGAUCUAAACUUUUUCUGGUAAUAUUAGUUUUUUAAAAAAUUUUCUCUUUUUGUAUAUGCUUUUUAAUUUACUUUUAAAAAUGUGCAUAACAUAUCCUUGAAUUAAUGGACCUCAAUGCUUUAAAAAAUUUUUUUGAUAAAAUAAAAACUCAAUCUGAAUGUGAUGGUUCAUGCCUAUAAUCCCACUACUUUGGUAGUCUGACUUUGUAGGAUUCAUUGAGCUCAAGAGUUUGAGACCAUUCUGGGCUAUCUAGUGAGGCUUCAUCUCUACAAAUAAAAAUAUAACAAAUUAGCUGAGCAUGGGGGCACAUGCUAGUGGUCCCAGCUACUCAGAAGGCUGAGACAGGUAAAUUGCUGAGGCUGCAGUGAGCUGCAGUCAUGACACUGCACUCCAGCCUGGGUAACAGAGAGACUCCCUCUCAAGAAUAAGAAAAACAAACCCCACAGAGGAUAAAUAAUAAAAUAUUCAAUGUUUGUAAUACUUCCUACUCAAAGGACCAGAAGCCAAGAAGUUCAUAAAAGGUGAAAUUUAAAAACAAUUAUUUUCAUUUUUUACUAGCCAUAUAGUAUAAGUGCAGAUGACCUUAUACACGAGGUUAAAGGCAAAUACCCUCUGGGUUGGGCCUGCUCAGCUCAGGGAGGAAGCCCUGCCUGAAAAGGCUGCAGCCUAGGCUGUCACUCUUUCUUCAUUCAGCCCAACGUCUGAUCACAUCUUUCACUCGGUUUGCGGGGGCAGGACCUUAGAAGUUAUCCAAUCAGGGACGCUGGGCUGGAAACCGUCCAAUCAGGCACGGGGCAGGAGAGGACAGGGCGGCUUCCGGGAUGUGGCGGGGCCUUUGUCUCUGGCUGCAGUUGGAGCUCCGCGUCUCGUUUCCACUCUUCUGUGUCCUCUGCUGCUAGAGGUCCAGCCUCUGUGGCUCUGUGACCUGCAGGUAUUAGGGGAUCCACAGCUAAGAUGCCAGGACCCCCCGGAAGCCUAGAAAUGGGACCAUUGACAUUUAUGGAUGUGGCCAUAGAAUUCUGUCUGGAGGAGUGGCAAUGCCUGGACACUGCACAGCAAAAUUUAUAUAGGAAUGUGAUGUUAGAGAACUACAGAAACCUGGUCUUCCUGGCCAGACCUGAUCACCUGUCUAGAGCAAGAAAAAGAGCCUUGGGAGCCUAUGAGGAGACAUGAAAUGGUAGCCAAACCCCCAGGAUUCUUAUUUCACUUUGGUGAUCUUCCUUCAAGUUUACUGUGAGAGCCAAAGUCCUCUUCAUGACAUUUAAGAGACUGAACAAUCUGACUGCUUUUCCAUUCUUUUGGGGGACAUAUAAAUAUCUGCAUACUUUUGAGAAACUCUAUAUUAAACUAUUUUUUAAGUUCUUUCUUUGCAUCGUGUCUGAAAUGUGUGAGUAGUGCUUUCUGUUCCAUUGGAUUUCUUUGUAUAUUUUCUGCACAGUUCAUCCUGUUUUUAUUACUAUAACCUUUAAAUAAUUUGAAAUUAUGAAUUAUGAUGUUUCUUUGCUUUGUUCUUUUUCCUCAAGAUGGCUUUGUUCAAAGUUUAUUCUAGUUUCAUGUAUAUUUUAGAAUUGCAUUGUCCAUUACUGUGAAAAAAGUCCCACUGGAAUUUUGAUAGAAAGUUUAUUAAAGUUGUAGAUCACUUUGGAUACCAUGGCUUUUUUUUUUUUUUUUUUUAACACAGAAGUUUGCUCUGUCACCCAGGCUGGAGUACAGUGGCACGAUCUCGGCUCACUGCAACCUCUGCCUCCUCUCUCAGCCUCCUGAGUAGAUGGGAUUACAGGCCCGUGCCACCAUGCCUGGCUAAUGUUUGUGUUUUUAGUAGAGACAGGGUUUCGCCGUGUUUGGCCAGGUUGGUCCCAAACUCCUGACCUCAGGUGAUCUGUCUGCCUCGGCCUCCCAAACUACUGGGAUUACAGGCAUGAGCCACCAUACCUGGCCUGUAGUGGAGAGGGGUCGUAGCUUGGUCACAAGGCUGUUGGUUCUGCACUAGGGUCCACUUUUAGUUGGCUUGUUACAAGGGGCUUGGGUAGUUGUAAUUUCCAUUUUAUUUUUGGACUUUCCUCUGUAGGGCAGAACACUAGGGCAGUUUUUUGCAGUCGGGUCUGCAUAUGGUGGGCUUUAUAUCAGGUUGUGGAUGAGUGCGGCUUUCACUGAGUACCAGAGAGGAUUUCCCCAGGUAACUGUGUGGGUUUCUAGUUAGGCAGAACUGGCCAUAAACCGUGGCUCAGGAAGCUGGAACAGUCAUUUAAAUGCUUCAGGGUCCACAGUAAAGGCCUGCAUCGCUAUAAACCAGUAUCUUCCUCCAGGGCGUUUGAAGAACAGAACCUCUCCCAGACUGUGGCUGGAAGCAGUUUGGGAUGGUUACAGAGUAAGUUCAGAAUUUUCUGUGGGACCAAGUUGGGUAGGCCAUUUUCUGGUCUGUAGUUAAGAACAGGGGUCCCGUAGUUUGCCAUCUGAAUGAGAGCCUGCCUUCUGAAAAAGAAAACUCCUUAAUCUUGGGCUUUAUGAGAGUUUUACAACUGCCUCCCUGGAUCUCAAAGCUCUUUUAAAGGAACUUAUUUUUGAGAUGGGGUCUUGCUACAUAACCCAGCCUGAUCUUAAAAUCCUGGCCUGAAGCAAUUCUACCUCAGCAUACCACGUAGCUGUCAUUGCAAGUGUGAGCCAUGAUACCUGGCUCUCAUAAAGGCAUUUUUGUCUAGGAUGGCUGACAAAUUUUCUUGCUCUGCGGGGAUAAGCAAGUAGGGCACCUUUUAUUUUUCCAUCUUACUGUUGUCACUCUCCCUAUACAUUUUUAGUUUUUAUUUUAUUUUAUUUUAUUUUUUUG